CAUGGCGGACGCGGAGGUGCUGCUCCGGCGGGUUCCGAGCCGCUCCCCCUGGCAGCGGGCUCGCAAGGCCCGGCCCCACCUCCUCCUCAGCCGCCGGGGCCGUCGCCGGUUCGGGCUCCUGACCCGGGGCGAGCUGCGGCGCCUGCGACGGCGGCUGCUGCGGGCCCACGCGCUGGGCGGCGACUGGAAGCUGGGCGUCCCCGCGGGCGCGCAGGCGCACGAGGCCGCCAGGUGCAAGGUGCGGGCCCGCGCGCGGCCCACGGCGGACACCCGGCCCGCCGAGCCCCGCGACACCCGGCCCGCCGAGCCCCGCGACACCCGGCCCGCCGAGCCCCGCGACACCCGGCCCCGGCCCGCGCCCCGCACGCAGCCCCGGCGGUCGAACAUCACCCAGCCCACGCGGGAACUAGGCUCGGGCCGCGUGCUGCUGCUGCUGCCCACCGGGGAGGGUUUUACUUUUAGUGGGAUAUGCCGUGUGACUUGCAUCUAUGGCCAGGUGGAAAUAUACGGCCAUAUCAUCAAACAAGGCCAGCCUGCCCGAGAUGUUUAUUCUGCAUACACCCACGCCUGCCUGACCAUCAAUGGGGUUCAAUACCCAGAACCUGAGAAAAGUGGAAAGGAAAUCAGGAGAGAGAUACGGGCUGUGCUCAAGCCUCACAUGAAACUGGAUGACAGAAACUGGGCAAUACAGAAUUUCCCUCCUCUGGGUUCCGUGGUGCUGCUGGAGCAGCUGAGGACCCCUGCUGUAGACUUCAUGAGCUUCUAUGCGUGUGCGUCCUAUGUCUUCCGGCAGGAGAAUACUCCUGUACGGACUAACGCAGAGUAUGUCAUGUUGAAGAAGAUUGGCCUCAGAAGACAGAGGAAGAAGAAAGGUAUCUGCUUGAGCGAGAGCGGCCUUUGUGCCCUGGGAGAGCUAGUCAGUGCCUGCUGUGAUGGCUGCCCUGUCAUCGUGUUGUGUGGCGCUUGUGACAUUGGGAAGUCAACGUUCAGUAGAAUACUGAUUAACCAGUUGCUGAAUAGCCUUCCUGGGGUUGACUAUCUGGAAUGUGAUCUGGGGCAGACGGAGUUCACUCCUCCUGGCUGUGUUGCUUUACUUAACAUCACAGAACCACUUCUGGGACCACCUUACACUCACCCGAGGAGGCCGCAGAGGAUGGUGUAUUAUGGGAAGAUGAGUUGUCAUAACGACUAUGAGAAUUACAUUGAGAUAAUAAAAUAUGUGUUCAGAGAUUACAAGAGAGAGUCCCCACUCAUCAUCAACACCAUGGGCUGGGUGAAAGAUGAUGGGCUGCUGCUGCUGGUUGACCUGAUCCGAUUGUUGUCCCCCAACUAUGUCGUUCAGUUGUCUGGCCGGGGUAAAACAAUGCCGGCUCUGACCUCAGAAUAUGUGGAGCUCACAGAUGGCCUAUACACAAAAAGCAAGAUCAAAAGGAGACUUCGGGGUUUUGAAAUGGGAGAAUUUGGAGACAGUUUGGAAUUUACUGAUGAAGAAAAAGACUCCUGUCCAGUUCCAGCCCUCACUGAACAUAAGCUGAUAGCUGUUCACUCAGAAUUUUUAUGUGAUAAAAACGAAAAAAACAGGGCCAAAUACAACAAAAUCUUUCGAGACCUGUCAGUGUUGGGCUACCUUAGCCAGCUGAUGCCUUCUGUGCCAGGGCCGCUCACACCUUUGCACGGCCUGACUCCCUAUCAGGUCCCCUUCAAUGCAGUUGCUGUCCGGAUCACUCAUGCCGAUGUUGCCCCUUCCCACAUACUGUACGCUGUGAAUGCCAGCUGGGUUGCCCUUUGCAAGAUCAUGGAUGAUAUGACAGGGUACACUCAGGGUCCCAUCCUGCUUGCACAGAAUCCCAUAUGUGACUGCUUGGGCUUUGGCAUCUGCAGAGGCAUUGACAUGGACCAGCGGCUGUACCACAUCCUCACCCCGUUGCCUGCAGAAGAGUUAAAAGCGGUGAACUGUCUGCUGGUUGGUGCCAUUUCCAUCCCACAUUGUAUACUCAAGAAGCAGCCUGGGCUUGAAGGGACAAUUCCUUACGUCACCACGGAUUAUAAUUUGAAACUUCCUGGAGCAUCGGAGAAGAUUGGAGAAAGAGAGUAUGAACAUGCAUUGCUUGGAUACAAAUCCUAUAAGAGGAAAUAAAGCCCCACCUACAACCUUGUCCUCAAGCCCAGAGUCAGUGGCCUUAGCUGGGCUUCGUGGCUGUGAAGAAUACCCUCCUGAUCGGUUUCAUGUUGCUGGGAAAUGUACUUCAGACCAAAAAGCUCCAGACUCUUUCUUUCUUUUCCCUCUAAGAUGGGGAGGGUCUCCUGUCGCCAUCACCCAAGUGUGGCAUCACAGGCCUGUGUCACCACCACACCCGGCUUUCAGGCUUUUCUCUUCCUUGUUGAUGUCAAACUUGGCCUCUCUUUGACUGGCUCCUCUGGGUGAGUGGAAUGUCCUGAAGAGGGCUGAAACAGUGGGAGAAGCUGUGCCUCCUCAUCAGACAGGGACAGUAUGGCCUCUCAGUUGACAAGGACCUGACUAUAGGAAUCAAAAUAAAAUUAGGGAGUCAGGGGCCACAAAAAUGUGCCAAGAAACAGUGCUCAGGUUCAGUGUGCAAGCUGCCUGGGUCCUGAACAGACUCAGAGUCACAUGGCCCUGACCAAUUAGGUGACCAAUCAGACGCCUCAUCCUUUCAUGCCAUUGACUCCCAGUCGUGUAGUCAAGUGUUAGCCGAUUGUAGUUUGUGGGUCAUUUUAAUCAUGGGACUUGUGUGUUGAAGAAGCUGCUCUGACAUUCAGAAAGCCUCCAGACUGUUGCUACAGUCUGGGUAUGCUCUGACUGACCCCUCCAUUGAGGCCAGACACAAUGCUAUGGGGCCACCAGCCUGUGAACAGAUACAUUUGUGCCUGGCUUAGGCAAACCUUUGCUGCCAGUGCUUUCCUCUAGGGACCCGGAGGCCACUUGAGGUGCCAUUUCUUUCUAGUGGAUUCUGUAAUUAGAGGUGACUGGAUCAGGCCACUGAGGAACUUCUCAGGUUGUCAUGACCAAGUGUCAGGACUCACCUCCCAGUGGGAUCAUGUCAGAGGCUGUAGAAGGUUGAAUAUUCAUCUUCACAUACGCCAUUGAUGAGCCCAUCUUGUCUGUAACCACCCCAGUGGGCCCGUGUUGUCUGCUUGGCCCGUCUUUGUGACACUACGUGGUGGCCUCAGCAUUUGGCAGAACUGCAGCAGCGGGUCUGGACCCCUUUAGACCCCUGAAGGACUCACUGGCUAGCUGUCCCUUAUUUAUAUCUACCGUUACCUUGUGUUGUCUUUGUUUGGUGGGGAACGCCUCUCAUGUUGCCCAGUCUGGUCUCUGAUCCUGAGUGCCGAGAUGACAGGUGUGACGGUCUCGGCCCCACCGUGCUUCUGUGUCCCCACAUUUUCCUGUCUUCACAAGAAUAAAGACC